AUGACUUUUGACAUCAGCAUUCCAGAAGCAGCAGCAACACCAGAUACCAUUCAAUUCAAGCUAGUUAUAGGUGGAAAUGACAAUGUUUUACCUACCUUUUUUCGAACAUUUCAACAAAUAAGCUGGAUAUACCAUAAACUGAAAAGUACUUACUCCUCAGGUAUGGUUAUACCGCCUCUGCCAGACCAACCAGUUCUGUCAGAAAUAGAUGACCAGGAUUAUAUCGAACGAAAACGUUUACAAAUGGAGAGGUUUUUCAAAAAAUUGGCCAGGCAAGAGCUAGUAGAAAAUGAUGACUUUAUGCAUUUUUUAUCAGAUAAGAUGUCUCCUACAGAAGUAGGACCAACGAGUACAAAUGCAAUACUAUCAUUUCUACGUUUCAAACGAGUGAAAGGAAAUAGAGAUGAUUACAGAGGGUUUAAAUCAUUCCAUCGACCUACAGAAAUUAUUGAAGGAAAUGACCAUGACAAAUUUCAUAAGCAUCAAAUAUAUAUAUUACUGCAAGAGAGCUAUUAUGGAUGUAUACACGAUUCGCUGAAUCAGCUGUUACAAAUGAAGGAAGAGUUAGCAGAUAAUUUGAUCCACAUGGGUGAUUUGAUCAUUGAAACGACACAGAGCAAAUAUAGGCUAGGAUUAGGGUUGAGAAAAGAUGAAGCAAGCGCUAAGUUCACACAAAGAGAUCUAGAGCGAAAGAUGCAAGCUAUAGGAUUACUCAUGGAUGAUAUGGCUUUCAUCAAUACUCGGCAAGCGCAAGAAACAAUCUCAAAAUUUGGUGACGUCUUGAUAGAGUACAAAUGGGCUUUGGAUCCGCUGAAAACUGUAUUUAAUGCGCGGACAGAGAAAUUGAUGGAGUAUGCAGAGCAGCUCAAGCAUCGCAACAGGAAAAGAGAUAGAUCAGAUAAAUUAAAGCUACGAUUAGGUAUGAAUCAUCCUGAAGUCAGGCAAGCUAUAGUGGAAGAAAGAGAAGUAAGACAUCAGUGA